CAGCAUGGCCACUGACAGCAUGUGGGCUAGGUGCCGUGUCAGCGCGCCACCUAGAGUCACAAUGCGCAUUUCGCGCGGGAAGCGUGGAUUUCUGAGGUUGUUUUGCUUGGCUGUGUUUACAUUUUUGAUGGGCGAUGGAAGACUCUGAGCCUCUGGACCAAAUUGGGUAUGAGAGUGGUGAGGAUGAGCAGCCAAUAACUGCGCAGAAAGUGCUGGAGAUUCUGGAGAAGGCUUGGCUGAACGAGCGACUCUCGCCGAUAAUUCUGCCACACCAGACGGAAAUGCUGGAUCUCAUGCUGAGUCAGCUGGCGUACAUGGAAGAGAGAAUAAAGCAAUUGGACAAGAAUGACUUCCGCUCUGUGGCACAUCGGAUGGAGCUGGAGAGGAUUCGGUACAUCAUUGCGAGCUACUUGCGCUGCAGACUCAGCAAGAUUGAGACAUUCACGCAGGCCAUCAUAAAGGACGAGGAAUCUCGGAGUCAAGCGGAGAAGAGACUGUCCGAGGAGGAAACAGUCUUUGCCAGGGAAUACCUGAGCAACAUGGAGACACACUUCCAGCAGCUUGUCCUUCGGCACAUGCCGCGCAGCUUCCCGGACGAUCCGCGGAGGAGAAUUGUGCAGCCCAACUUGAACAGUCACGUCUUCAUCCGGGCGGCGGAGAAUGUGGAUUCUGUGGUGCUGCGAGACGACGAGGAGGAAGUGGAUCUGGAGCAGGGAUCUCAGCACAUUGUGCCGUUCAACUUGGUGGCUGAUCUCGUGGUGAAGGGGAAAGUGGACUUGAUAUGAAUCCUUACCAUUUAUUGUGCCUUACAUGUAUAGAUUAGACUCUGAUGUCUUGAUAUUGA